CUCCCCACCCCAAAUCGACUCAAGAUGCCUUACCUUCAACGUUCGGAGGACCUUAACAUCUUCUACACUCUUCAUGGCGACGCUUCGAACCCACCGUUCUUGCUGAUUCAUGGCUGGACCUGCGACUCGACAGACUGGUCCUGGACGAUCCCAGCUCUUAUCGAGAAAUACUACGUUGUCACCAUCGAUCUCCGAGGCCACGGUCAUUCCAGCGCCCCGGAGAGCACCACGUACACGAUCAAAGACUCUGCCGAUGAUGCUGUUGCUCUCCUCGAGGAACUAAAACUGACCAAGGAUGUCCUCGUCAUGGGCCAUUCGAUGGGCGGCAUCAUGGCGUCUGUUCUGACCGGCCUCUAUCCAGAGAUCUUUCGAGGUCUCGUAAUCAUCGACCCUCCAUACUGGCGCACCAAGAAGUUCUGGGCUGACAUGCUACCCAAGUGGGACGAGCUCCAGAACGGGUUUCUCUUCGUAACCAUGGCCUUUGGCAAUCAACUUCCUCCGGAGAUGCCGCCCUGGAUGAUGACCUGGUAUGGACUGCGUGCGCAGGCUACGGCUGAGCAUGCCGUUGUAAAAUCUUUGCAGGGAGCUUUUGCGCCAGACAUGCUUGGCCAGCAAGAAGCGCAUGCAGAACUUGUAAAGGGUCGGGCCAUUCCAAGACUGGGUGUGUAUAUGAGGGAGGAGAACGUGGAAAAUGAGAAGAAGCUUGGGGUGGGAGCGAAAGAUGAGAUUGUGCAACUCGCUGAUGCGGGACACUGGCUUCACCAUAUGAAGCCUGAUGAGUUCAAUGGCAUUUUGACAAAGUGGUUGGAAAAGAUCGAGGCCAAAUAGGCUGGAUGGACUUCAAGGCCAUAGGGCAACCUGUAGCCUCUUCCGCAAGACACUUUCGAUGGUCAUGAAAGUCCUCUCACUUCACGUGUUUUGAGUUCGCCUCUCACUUUCACUAGAGGAUCCCGGGUACUUACACCGUUUGUCACCUCAUGACACUCACGUGAAAUCACUCACGAUUGUUAGUUAACGUUUAUUACUCCUCACCUACUCUUGAACUGCCAAAUACCACCAAAGAGCACAGAAGCCAACCCAGUAUUAAAAGCAUCACA